AUGUUUUCGAAGCUAUCAGAUAUGGACUGUGCAAAUAUGGUUUGGACUUUGUAUAACUUGCUCACGACAGCUAAUUCACUUUCCUCACAUGUUGAAAAGAAAGCCUUGGAGUUUGAGGCUCGAGUGGAAGAAAAAAGACAUGCGCUACUAGUCUCUUCUUUUGCACGCUCCAGAUUCCUAGAAACCCCCCCACCUUUCGUUGGUUCUCAGUGA